UCCUCUCACCCCUUUGUCCCCGGAAGUUACUUUACAGGAAGUUGUUGAUGUCACAGACGGAGUGAUGGCGCCGUUGGGUUGGUGACGAACUUACAAGGAGAGAGAGGUCGGCGCUGACGGCGGGGUUUGAAAUUGUGCUGAAGAAUGGAUGUAGUUAAUGCUCCACUGCCAUCAAGCAGCACGAUGCAAACAUCUAAUUUUGCUCAUGUAAUCUUUCAAAAUGUGGCAAAAAGUUACCUCCCUCAUGCUCCUCUUGAGUGCCAUUACACACUGACUCCAUACAUUAAGCCACAUCAAAAGGACUGGGUUGGCAUCUUUAAGGUUGGUUGGAGCACUGCUCGUGAUUACUAUACAUUUUUGUGGUCUCAAGUGCCAGAAAAUUAUGCAGAAGGAAUUUCUUUUAAUCGUGUUAUCGUUUUCCAAGGCUAUUACCUUCCAAAUGACGAUGGAGAAUUUUAUCAGUUUUGCUACGUAACACACAAGGGAGAAAUCAGAGGAGCAAGCACACCUUUUCAGUUCCGUGUGCCGUCUCCCACAGAUGAUCUGCUUACCAUGGAAGAUGACACCAACUCUGAUAUGCUGGUGGUGACAACAAAAACUAGCUUUCUUGAGCAAAGGAUUGAAGUGCUACUAAAGGAAAAAGAGGAGCUGUUGAAAACUAAAUCUGGACUUGAAGAAGAAACUGUCCAAUUAGGUGAGCGCCUGGAAAAAUUUGAAAAAGAAAUUCAUCAUGAGAAAGAAGUCUGUGACCAAAUAAAAAAGGAUUACAAGGAUCUCUUCCAGUGUUCAGAAGCUUCAAAAGUUGAGAAAGAAGACAUUGAGAAAAAGUAUAAAGAAGCUGCUGCAAAAAUUACUCAACUUGAAGAAGACAUAGUGACUGCUAAUGAGAAAGCCAUUGCAAAGGAAACUGAAUUAGACAGCAUAAAGCACAAACUGAGAAGACUAAUUGUUGAAAAAGAACAACUGGAAUUGCAGCUAAAGAAUGAAAAGGAUGAAAAAGAGCUAUACAAGGUUCAUGCAAAGAAUACAGAAAUUGAAAACACAAAGCUGGUUACUGAGAUGCAGUCUUUUAAAAACCUAGAUGCAAGUAAAGAGAACAUGCUGGCCCAUUUCAAGGAAGAAGUGGGAAGACUACAGCAAUGUUUGUCAGAAAAAGAAAAAUUGCAAAAGGAACUGUUAGUUAAUUCUUCUAACAUGGAUGAAGUAUCCAUUCUUCGUGAACGUCUACGCAGAGCUGAGGAACAUGUGCAAGCAAGUGAGCAGAAAAUUGCUUUGAUGGCUCAGGAGCUUGCUGAUACUUCCAACAUUCGUGACAAAACCAUGGGUGACCUGCACAGUGCACGAAUAAAAAUUGAUUUGCUAAAAGAGGAACUUGCUGAUACUGAGAAUAGAUAUAAGGCAGAGAUACAAGUGCUAAGAUCUGCAAUAUCAAAAAAAGAAAGGGGUUCUGCAGUGGUUGACAGUACAGUGGAGCAGGAGCUGCAUAAAGAAGUUGAAGAUCUAAAGCUUAGGUUGCAGAUGGCUGCUGAACAUUACAAAGAGAAAUACAAGGACUGUCAAAAACUGCAAAAGCAAGUUGUCAAACUCACAGAGCAGUUGGAAGAGAAGAAAAAUGAAACAUUCUCUAAGAAGCAGAAGCUAACUGAUAAUGGGACGAACACUGAAUCGCCUCCAGUGUCUGCAGCAGACUUUAUUCAAGAUUCUUCUCCAGUCAUGGCAGCUCCAUUCGACCAUACAUUUGAUCUCUUGGUGCAGACACAAAUAAGUAAAAUGAGUAAAGAAAUAACUGAGAAAACUGAGAAGUACAAGAAAUGCAAACAGAUGUUGGCUGAAGAGAAUGAAAGAAGUCAUGCAUUUGCUGAAGAACUGGCUUAUAUCCAGCAAAAAUUGAAUCAGCAGUUAAAAAUAAACAAUGACCUUAAACAAGAAGCUGCAGAGGAUAUUCAGUAUAAGGUUCUGCUUUCAGAGAAGGAACAGGAAGUAAAGGAACUUAAAGCAAAACUGGCAAUCAUUGACAAAGAAAAAGAAAUACUGGAAGAGCUGAAUAAGGAAUUUUCAAGGGAGGAAAGUAGGCAUGAUGGCGAAGAGCAAAAUUCACAAAGUUCAAAGCCUCAAGAUGCACAGCAGAUCUUACAAUAUCCAAACCCAUAUUCUUCGGAUCCUCCUAUUGUACCUGUGAAACACCCUGGAUUGCAGUUUGGAGACCCUUAUGCAGAGACUGGAAGAGAUGGAGCACUUUAUCUUGAUGAGAUCCAUAGAAUGCCGAGAGGGGUUCCCUCAUGGGGAUUGGAUAGUACUGUGGUCUGCAGCCAACCUUCUCGCAACUUCAGUAGACCAGAUGGACUUGAGGACCCUGAUGAGCUUAUUAAUGAUGAAGAUGAAAGUGGUUCACCAGCAGGUAUUUCUGAUCCUCCAGGAUUCCUGCUACAAGAACGAGGUGCUCACUUCUGCUUUAAUUCAAGCCUUGAUCUUCACAAGAAAUGUCCACUAUGUGAUGUAGUAUUUCCACCUAAUUAUGAUCAGAGCAAAUUUGAAGAGCAUGUUGAAAGUCAUUGGAAGGUGUGUCCCAUGUGCAAUGAACAAUUUCCACCAGACUGUGACCAGCAUGUAUUUGAAAAGCAUGUCAUGACACAUUUUCCUGAAAGUGUUCAGAGCUUUGAUUAAAUUACAAGGCCUAUUUAAUUUCCUUGAUCUGUAACUGAGGUUGCUUACAUUGGAUUUUAACCAUUUAGUUAGUACACUAUAUAUUGCUAUCACUGAAAGGCACCUUUAAUACUGGGCUAAAGUAGUAGUUUUGCUUUAUCCAAAAAAAUCUUUGAUCUCAUGUAUGCAAUGCAGCAUAAAACUGUUAUGUAAAAGCAUGACUAAUCAGUGCAAGGUUACUGAUGUGAAUAGUUGCAGUAGAAAACAGCAAAUUAUAUCUUAUUUGAACACUACUUGCAAUGCAUCGUUAUGCCAUGGAUAGUAAUCCUAAAAUUGAUUGUAGUUUAACGUCUAGAACAUUAAGCAAAAGCACAUUUCCUGCAUAUAAUCUAUUAUGGACCCUGAACUAUAUAGUGUUUCAUUCUUCAAAACCUGUGACUAUUUAUAGAUAUUUAGUAGAACAUUUGAAUUUGUUUUAACAAGUUUAAGCACAUCUGAAACCCUGAGUUUGAAAUUUUGAUCUCAUUCUAACUUCAUAAAAAUAUAAGAAAUGAAGAGUGUAUUUCUGGACAACAGUACCUGAAUAUAUAUUCUGUAAAACAUUAUGUUUCCACUAGAAUGUUAAAAAUGUUCUUCAUUGUGAACUUGAUAUUUAAUUUCCCUUCUCUGUAAAUGCCUACUGGUAUAUAUUUUCUGAAUAAUUUUGCUAUUAUGUUGGAUCAGAAUAUUUUAUUCCAGUUUUGUCUGUCACUGGCAAUGGUGUAUCCAGCUUUAAAUUGCAGUGGAACUUCUGUUUAUAAUAAAGACAGGUUCAGCUGUUGGCAAAAGUUUAA